UCAUGCCCUGCAUUGGCGUUUGUAUUGAUGACGUCAUGCCAUGCAUUGGCGUUUCCAUUGAUGACGUCAUGCCCUGCAUUGGCGUUUGUAUUGAUGACGUCAUGCCAUGCAUUGGCGUUUCCAUUGAUUACGUCAUGCCCUGCAUUGGCGUUUGUAUUGAUGAGGUCAUGCCCUGCAUUGGCGUUUGUAUUGAUGACGUCAUGCCAUGCAUUGGCGUUUCCAUUGAUGACGUCAUGCCCAGUAUUGGCGUUUCCAUUGAUGACGUCAUGCCCUGCAUUGGCGUUUCUGUCCCUCACUGGUCCAGGCUUCGGCUUGCUGGAACCACUCUUUACGUUUUUAACUUCCGGUUCACGUUUCAGCAACCGCGUCGCCGCCGCCGCCGUUUCUCUGGCCAGGGAGGCGCCCCUCCUCACCGCCAUCGUUUCCAGGGGCGGUUUGCGAACGCAGCUCUUGGGGCGGUGGCAGUUCGCAUCCGAAGAUGUUUUGGCCGAAGAUGCCAUUCCAGUGGUUUCGGUGAGAGCUGUUUUUUGUACAGGGCCUCCUGCUGGACUUUGGCGCGGUUUCUGGAGAACUGUUUUCUCCGCGACGAUUUUAUUGCCCGAGGCAGCUUUCCUCAAGCCUGCUUUGGGAGUAGCUGACACCAUGCUGGGCCUCCUCUUUAUGUUGCUGUGUUUGACAGCGUCAUCGUGUAGCGUCAGCGGCUUAACGAGGGUUCUGGGCGCUGCGGGUUGGGCAGCUUUGACCUCGGCUUGACUCGACUCUUUGUCUGCUAUGGCAUUGACUGGUGGGAAGCUCACGAUCACCGGAGCUGUUCUGGUCAAUGAAGUCUUUGCCCUCGAGGACGACAUCGACGCUGACCGCAGAUUGACCCCGCUUGGGCUUGGUGUUUUUUUAAAACCCCGCGGGUCUUCUGCGGACGCCCGCGGUUGUCUGGUCUGGCCCUGCGGUUGUUCCACUUGAACCUGUGUCUGAUCUGGUGUUGUCUGUGGUUGUUUGGUCUGGCCCUGCGGUUGUUCCACCUGAACCUGUGAAUGGCCUGGUGUUGUCUGUGGUUGUUUGGUCUGGCCCUGUGGUUGCUCUACCUGAACCUGUGGCUGACCUGGGGUUGUCUGUGGCGGAUCCGGGGUCGUCUGUUUUUCAACAGGCGUCUCUGGCUGUCCACUCGGUAUCAGCGAGUGUUCUAAUGCUGGUAUGGACUCAGGGGACGCAUCACAGAAUUGCAGUCUUGA